UAUCGAUGAAUCGAAAAUUCCAUCGAUGUUUCGCCAGCACCACCUCUAGUUUUUGAUGUGUGUGCGUUUCCUCCUAUUAAAAUUUUUCGAGGAUUUUUCGUGUGUUUUGUUGACGUUUCGCGUGCCUGAAAAGUGCAAAAAGGCAACUAGAUCGUGCCGUGAAAGUGGGCGGUCACCGAUUGUCGCUAAUAGCUGUGCUUGCUGUGGCGUGUGGCGUGCAAAGAGGCGUGUGCGACAAAAAUGGCGAACGUAAGGGACAGCGACACAUCACUGUGGCUGCAUAAUAAACUGGGCACCUCGAACGACUCGUGGAUAAACGGCUCCAUCUGCUCGCAACUGAACAAGGAGGUGCUGCGCAACAUAAAGGAAUGCUUCCCCGACCUUCAGACGCAGGUGAAGCUGAAGCUUCUGCUCAGCUUCCUACACAUUCCGCGCCGUCUGGUGGAAGAGUGGAAGGCAGAGCUGGAAGAGGUUAUCGAAGUGGCCGGUAUGGACUCGGAGCUGUGGGUCUCUAUGCUGGCUGAGACUAUGAAGACCUUCCCGGCCACCAGUUCGCUGAACACAGAGAUCUCCGACUACGAGGACACACGUCCCAUAUUCACAGACAUGGUCAAUGAUUUGCGCAAGCUGGUCACCAAACACUCGGACCUGGGCAUGCUGCCCUUGGAGUGCCAAUACUUGAAUAAGAAUGCGUUGAUCUCAGUGGUGGGCCAGCAACCGGCUCCCGUCAAGCAUUUCACGCUGAAGCGUAAACCUAAGAGCGCCCAGCUGCGCACUGAAUUACUGCACAAGUCCGCCGAUGCGCAGUCCUCUCUGAAGAAGGCUUCGGCGCCGACGAUUCCCUUGCGAUCCCGUGGUAUGCCCCGCAAGAUGACCGACACAACGCCGCUGAAAGGAAUUCCAUCGCGCAUGCCCACGACAGGUGGUUUUCGCUCGGCCACCACACCGGGCAAUGCCGCCCAGCGGCCCAAUCUCAGUCGUACACCUGCCGGCCGCAAGGACGGUGGCAUAAAGCUCAUCGAGUUCACGGAACAACCCCUGGGCUAUGCCGCGGCUAAGAAGCGCAAGCGCGAGCAACAGCUGGAGGAGCAACAGAAGAAGCAGGAGCAGAAACAACAGCAGGCAGCGGCAGCCGCAGCUGCAGCAGCCACAGCAGCAGCGAACACCACUGGUGACAGUUCGCCCACUGAUGCUGCGACCGCCAGCGGAGGUGAAACACCAGUUACUCCUACGUCGGCCAACAACAGUUUCGAGAUCAAAACGGAGCCCCAGACGCUUAACCAGAGUUCGGGCAGCGUGGAAGAGCAACUGGAUGAGGAGCUGGCGAGCAAAACGGCCAUGGAAUGCGACACGGAAACGCCGGAGUAUGCCACGGCUACUUUAGAAUUCGCCCAGGCUACUACAGUGGCAGAUAACCAACCUGGAAAACCCAAUGCCGAGGCUAAAUUGAAAACACCGCGAACUCCAAAAUCAGUUGCAAAGGUUAACAACAAUAAUAACAACAACAACAGCUUCAACCACACACCAAAACGAAUCAAGCAAGAAAUUGAAAUCAAGAGCGAAGAGAUUAUAGUACCGGCCACCAUUAAGCUGGAAAAAAUAGAGGCCACCCCGUCGACACCCCAGCGAGUGAUUAUUCAGCAGCAGCAGCCGGUAUCUGCGCAGCGAACCCCGCAGUUGGUCAUCCGCACUUCCCCGCAAAAGCGCCAAAACAAUGGUGCCACCACCAGUGCCGGAACUACCAGUGCAACCACUACUACCGUGGGCAACACGACCAUCAAAAUGGAGAAGUUGGAUAUUAAACCAUUACUACGGGCAACUGGCAGUGCACCAUCGACGAGUACUGGCACCACUACCACCAUCCUCACCCCGCAACAACUCCGCCAAGCGGCCAAUCCGCUGGCCCAUCUGCCCAAUAACAUCUCCGUGAAGAUAACGUCGGCCAAGGCGAAGGCUGCGGCGGCUGCAUCUGGCUCGGGAGCAAGCAGCAGCCAGGCUCAGGCGGCGCCACAGCAGCAACAGGUGCAGGUUCAGCAGUCUCAGCCGCCGCUUCUUAUAAACAGCUCCACGCCAGUCAUACUGGCAUCAUCUCCCAGCGCUCAGCGAGUGAAGUCCCUCGCUACUCCAAGCAGCAGCACCGUCGGAAGUACAACUACUACAAUACCAUCGCAGGCUAUCAAGACGAUGCCGCUCAGCCAACUGAAAACGGCCACCAACAGUGGUCCGGUAAUUAUAUCGCAGACGAUUAUUCAGCCCGCAAAGCGUGCACAGCAGCAGGCAGGAACUUCGAGCGGUGCCGCAACAUCCCAGCAGCAGCAACAGCAGCCACAACAACAGCCGCCACAACUAGUACAGCAGACCAUCCAGCAGCAAACACCGCAGCAGACUCACCAGCUGCCGCAACAGCAGCAGCAGCAGCAACAACAGACACAGUAUAUUCUGGCAACGCCGCAACAGGCCCAACCUCAGGUGCAGCAGCAGCAGCCGAUGCUGCCGACUCUGACGUCGUUUACACAUACGCGUCCCUUGCCGCAGACUACUACGCUUUAUCAGGCAACUACAGCCGGUGGAAAUGGGCAGGCUCCUACCAAGAUUCUGCUCAAGACAUCGGGAACGUCGGGUGUGGUAAUGACACCAUUGCGUCAAGCGCAGCAACAGCAGACUGCCACCGUGGUAUCCUCAAAUCCUCCUCCUUUGGUGGCCACCUCGGCGGCUGUGGGUGUUCCAGGACAGAACACGUUAAAUAUACAGAACGUGCAGCUGCCCAACCGGCCGGUCACCAUUCAGCCGGCAUCUCAGGCGGCCCAACAGCAGCACCUGCAGGCGCAACUCCAGCAACACCAGCCCCAUCCCCAACACACUAUUGUGGCCAAUACGACGGCGACGCAGCAACCGAAGCUGUCCCAAGUCAUCAUGCAGCCAAGCGGUGCUGUGGGAGCCGGUGGAGUGGUUAAUGUAUCCCCGACAUCUGGCAAAAACAAAACCAUCAUACUCACGCAAAAGGGUGUUAUUCUGCGCAACAUUGGCGGUGAUAUGUACCAGCAAAUACCGAUUAGCAACGUUGGCAACCUGCAGGGACUCGGGGCGGGCACUACGCUUGUGACCACCACGGCGGCUGGUCCGCCAAGCCUGGUAAAGACGACGCCAUCGACGGGUGCGCAAUUGCAGCAAGCGCAGCAGCAGGCGGGCCAACCUGCCAAGCAGAUCCUGCCCACUCUGAUACCAACCAGUUCUCUGGGCCGCCAGCAUGUCAUCGUGCAGCAACAGCAGCCCACCAAUGUCAUUGGAAAUUCCCCACAGCAGACCAUCAUUCGGCCGGUAAUGACCAGCGUUGGCGGAGGAUUGACUACGCUGCCGCAGGGCCUGACGCUCAUACAGCGGCCGGGCCAGCAGCCGCAGCUGGUGCAGGUGCAGGCGGCGCCGGGCAGCACGCAGCGCACGAUUAUUACCCAAUCGAGCCCAGCGGCGCCGGCGUCACAACAGCAGCCGCGCCAGCAGCAGCAACAGAUUCAGCUGGUCCAACACAAGCCGGCAUCGACCCUGCAGCAGCGUGUGGUCACCUCCACGACGAGCGGAGGUCAAGGCCAGCCAGGAAUCGCCCGCACUGUUCAGGUUCAAGUGCAGGCUCCACAGCAGCAAGCCACGCAGCAGGCACCUCAGCGGCGUGGACUGUCACUAUCGAACGAGCACGUGCAUAAGGCGCAUGAAAUGUUCCGUAAAGCGAACCGCGUCUCCCGUCCGGACAAAGCUCUUAUUCUUGGUUUUAUGGCGGGUUUGCGCGAGAAUCCUCGUCCGAACAGUGAAAACGUUCUGGUCAUCAAAUUGGGCGAAACAGAGGAAAAAGUGCAACAGGAUGACGGCAAUACGGCGUUGUGCCUGGUGGAGUCGCACAUCCGGUUGGACUACAACACCGGUGAAUGGAAGACAUUCCAGAACUACAGGUUGCAGGACCAGAGUGCCGCCUCCUAGUCCACGAGGGUCAUACGCAUUGUUCGCAGCACCAAGUGAUUAUAGCACUAACAGCCAGGCUGAAGCUGAACAUGCGUAUAUCCGGUUUAUAGAUUUUGAUUUGUCAUCCGUUCUUCGUUCUGCACGGGCAGCUAUGUCGCCGCCCCCAAUUAGGCUACUAAUUACUAACACUAAAAUGACCCCAAAAUGAAAGCCCCCUCUCCUCCUUUUCCUGGCCUCAGCACAGCGAUCUAAGAAAAGCUGGAAAUAAUGAAACUAUAAAAUAAUUAAGGUAAAUUA